AUGCCAAUAAAACUCGAAGUAAGGACCAAACAAAAACUAAGAAAAAUAAUAGCUGCUUCAAAAAAAAUAGGAAAAUAAGAAUAUUAAUAAGUUAAAAUAGCAAAUAAACUUUCAAUUUAGAAGAAAGAAACUCAGUAAAUUAAAGAUAUAUCUCAGACAGAUAAGUAUGGUAUUUAGUUUAUGCUUUUAAUAUAGAUAAACUAUUUUAUCCAAAUGAGCCAAAUUAGGUAUUCCCAAACUAAUUAUAAGAAAACAUAAUAAAGAUUAUCGCAUCUUUUGGAAAAUCCACAAACAUUAAGCACAUAAUGAAUAACUUAUGUCUUUUCUACAAAAAUGCUAUAGAUCAACAAAUUUUCUCAAAAUAUCUUGCUUAUGCAGAAGAAAACGGAAUUAUUUAUGAAAGAUAGGGAUAAUACUUUGUCUCUUAAAAUGAAUGUUAUAUUUUUAAAAAUAUUGUUUCAUGA